AUGUCCAAGACUGACAGGGCUGGUUAUGGUGAAACCGAUCCUACUGCUCGCUAUGGCCGGUUUGAAGAAGUUCUUGGCAAAGGAGCAAUGAAAACAGUGUACAAGGCAAUUGAUGAGCUUCUUGGGAUGGAAGUGGCAUGGAAUCAGGUGAAACUCAAUGAAGUCCUUCGCUCACCAGAGGAUUUGCAACGGCUCUACUCAGAGGUUCACCUCCUCAGCACCCUCAAUCACGAUUCCAUAAUUCGGUUCUAUACCUCCUGGAUUGAUGUUGAUCACAAAACUUUUAACUUCAUUACUGAAAUGUUCACUUCGGGGACGCUAAGAGAGUAUAGGAAGAAAUAUAAGCAUGUAGACAUCCGAGCCAUUAAGAACUGGGCCCGUCAAAUCCUUCGCGGUCUUGUAUAUCUGCAUGGCAAUGAUCCUCCAGUAAUUCAUAGAGAUCUUAAGUGUGACAACAUCUUUGUCAAUGGGCAUCUUGGGCAAGUCAAAAUUGGUGAUUUAGGGCUUGCAGCAAUCCUCCGUGGUUCCCAAUCUGCUCACAGUGUUAUCGGCACCCCAGAGUUCAUGGCACCAGAACUAUAUGACGAAAAUUACAAUGAACUAGUUGAUGUCUACUCAUUCGGCAUGUGUGUCUUGGAGAUGCUUACAUCUGAAUACCCAUAUAGUGAGUGUGUCAACCCUGCACAAAUAUACAAGAAAGUUACCUCGGGGAAGCUUCCAGGAGCAUUCUACCGGAUUCAAGACUUGGAAGCACAACGAUUUGUUGGAAAAUGCUUAGUAAAUGCUUCAAAGAGAUUACCAGCAAAAGAACUUUUGCUUGAUCCAUUUCUUGAGUGUGGUAAAGAUGAACCAUUGCCUUUGGGAAAGCUUGGACGUCCAAAGCCAUUUUUAAAUGACAAGGAAAUGGAGAAACUGCAAUUGAGUGAUGAUCAAACCAGGACUGACAUGACAAUCACGGGGAAGUUAAAUCCUGAAGAUGACACCAUCUUUCUCAAAGUUCAGAUUGCUGAUAAAGAUGGUUCUUUUAGGAACAUAUAUUUUCCUUUUGACAUAUUAAAUGAUACACCAUUUGAUGUUGCUACGGAAAUGGUGAAGGAAUUGGAGAUCACUGAUUGGGAGCCAUUUGAAAUUGCGAAUAUGAUUGAAGGGGAGAUAUCUGCCUUGGUACCAAAUUGGAAAACUGAAGCCUACCACACAAUUAAUUAUCAAGAUGAUGAUGAUGGACCUCAACGUCCUUCUCACUCUCACUCCUCCUGUUCAUCAUCCCACACAUCAUUAUCAGGCUUGAUCAGCUCUCAUGGGAUUAACGGAAUGACAAAUGGCUGUGAUUGGCUCCAAGAUGAUUUUCUUGAUGAGACCAGCUCUCAAAGCUCUUCACACUCGGGAACAUAUUCCAACUUAAAUUUCAUUUGUGGGAAUGAGCAUGGGACUAAUACGAUUCCCACAGGAGGAGACAAACAUCCCAUAUCAAAAUGUCACAAGUCCACAAGGUUUUGUCCUGAAGAAAACCGUAAUACUGGGCAGUCUAUGGCUAAAAAAUACUACGAGAGAUGCAAAGCUUUUCUAGCAUCUGGUUCAAAAGAUAAAAGGAUCAUGGAUAGCCGCAGAUUGAUGAGGAAUAAGUCGCUAGUAGACGUAAGAAGUCACCUACUACACCGAUCUUUGGUAGAAGAGGUGAAUAGGAGGCGCUUGUUUAAGACCGUGGGAGCCGUGGAAAAUAUCGGGUUUCAAGCACCUUGUGAGGUUUCAAAAAAAUUGUAA